UCAGUCACUGAGAUACAUUUGUCGAGUUAAGUUGUUCUCGUUUGUUUUGCUUUCUUAUAUUCCACAAAAAAAAAUCAAAGAAAUAAAAAAAAGAUAAACUUAACGAAAAAAAAGAACUAAAUUAAUCACCCAAUAUAUCUAUCAAUCUAUCUUGUUUUGUAUCUGAAAGAUUCAACUUGUGCGUGAUGAUAAACUGUAUCGAUUAAAAAAAAAAAACUACCUAUCAAGUGUUUUUAUUGUGUAAAAAGAUACAAUAUCUAUCUAUCAAAAAAACUUAACGAAAGUGUUUGAAAAAAACUAAAACAAAAACGAUAAAAAACAAUUUUUUAAAAUUUUAACCGGUUGUUUUUUAAACUCACCCAAAAUUUAUCUAUCGAGAAUGGCAACCCUAUCGUCGCAUCCACAGUAUGGAUUCCAUCUGUCGAGCGGCGGUAUGGACAUGCCCACACCCGGCGACUAUGCCCCCCAAUCCGGCUUGAGCCCCUCCGACAUGGAUAUCAAGCGAGUUAUGCAUUUCUCACAAAGCGGCAGCUUGGCAGCAAUUUCUGCCGCCAUGGGUGGUUCACCCGUCGGCGGACACAGUGCUAGCAAUGGAGGUAACCCUAUUAUGGGAACAGCCAGCAUGGGCAAUCAUCACAUGUCCCUUGGCCAGCAAAAUCACUCACCGAAUUCGAGUACUGGCAGUGUGAAUGGUUCAGGAGGACAUCAUCCAACUUCGCCGGGACAAGAUGGACAUAUUAAACGGCCAAUGAAUGCAUUUAUGGUAUGGUCACGAUUACAGCGGCGGCAAAUUGCCAAAGAUAAUCCAAAAAUGCACAAUUCGGAAAUUUCUAAACGUCUUGGAGCCGAAUGGAAAUUACUUGCCGAAACUGAUAAGCGACCAUUUAUCGAUGAAGCGAAACGUCUUCGAGCUUUACACAUGAAGGAACAUCCUGAUUACAAAUAUCGCCCACGUAGGAAGCCCAAAAAUCCACUCCAUGCUGGUCCACAAGGUUUGCAAAUGGGUCCCGGCGGCAAUGCAAAGCAACAGAUGAAUGGCAGUUCGGCGGGUUCGUAUAAUCCUUUCCAUCAACUUCCACCGUAUUUUGCACCAUCACAUCAUUUGGAACAACCCUAUCCAGUUCCGUAUUUUGGAGGAUUUGAUCCAUUGGCCUUGUCGAAAUUACAUCAGACACAAGCUGCAGCGGCGGCAGCUGCUUCGAAUCAAUCACAACAUCACCUUGAAGCACAAAAAGCUCCUCAACUACCACCUACUACCUUGAGUUCUUUCUAUUCGAAUAUUUACAGUGGAAUGUCGGCACCUUCUUUAUACGCGGCGCAUACAAAUGGACUUUAUAACACCUCAACAGCAUCGUCACCUGGAUCGAGUCCGGGUACAAUGACGCCAAAUAAUAUGGUUGAUUCGAUGGAGAGUUCGCUGAGAAGACCAGUGCCGGUGCUUUAUUAAAAAAAAAAAAAAAAAUAACAGCUCCCUCGAAAAUAUUUCGCUCUAAUUUAGUACAACUUCAAAGGAUUCUCAAAAAAACAAAAAAAAAAAAAAAUAAGUCGUAAAAAACAAACCCUUUGUGCAAAAGUGAUUAUUGAAUGUGGUUCUUCAAACAAAAAAUAUAAAUAUAAAAAAAAAUAUUUAAAUUUAAGAUUGUAGUUUAUAUAAAAAAAAAAAACAAAAAUUUAUAUAUAGAUAAAAACAC